AGAAGCAGAGAGACGAAAAGCUGCAGUGGAGAAGGCCACUGCUGGCAGAAUUGCCAAGGAAUCCAUGGAGCUUAUGGAGGAUGAACAGCUGGAGCUGAUGGAAUUGGCCGCUGCAAGCAAGGGGUUGCCUCCAAUUGUUAAUCUCGAUCAUGCCACUAUGCAGAACCUUGAGUUGUUCCGAGGUAGCUUUUUUAUAGCGAUUACUGCUGAGUUGAAAGAGGACAUCACUGCAGAAGAGUCAUUUGAAACUAAGAAGUGUAAACUUGUGGAACUGGGAAUUGCUCUGCUUGCUGACCCAGAGUCUAAUAUUAAACUGUUAAAAGAAAUGCUGCAGAUGUGCAAUGAUCACAAUCAUGCUAUCGUUAAGCUUGGGCUUCUAUCUUUGUUAGCUGUGUUCAAAGACAUCAUUCCUGGCUACCGCAUUAGACUUCCUACUGAGAAGGAGCUGGUGAUGAAAGUUUCAAAGGAUGUCAAGAAGAUGCGGUAUUAUGAAUCGACACUUCUGUCUGCAUACAAGGCCUACCUGCAGAAGUUGAUGGUUUUAGAAAAAGUCUCCUUGUAUCAACAUGCGGUGGUUCGCUGCAUCUGUACUUUGCUAGAUGCUGUUCCUCAUUUCAAUUAUUGCGAGAGCUUGGUUGAAGUUGUUGUCAGAAACAUAAGUUCCUCGGAUAAAGUCAUAAGGAAACUUUGUUGUGACACGAUUAAGUCACUCUUUACAAAUGAGGGUAAACACAGUGGUGAAGUGACUGGAGCAGCUGCUCGAUUGAUUGCAAAUUAUGUGAAAGCUCAUAAUUGUCAGAUGCAUCCUGACUCGAUUCAAGCAUGUUCUCUUUUUGGUCAAAUAUCCACGUACUUAUAUCUCUGUCAUUUGACGAGGACCUUCAUAGAUCUGAAGCACCAGAUAAGGAUAAAAAAGUUAAAAAGAAGAAUUAUAAGAAAGGAAACCGACCAGAGGAAUCAAGCCAUCCACAACUGAAUGAUAGAAAGAAAUCUAGGCAAGAAAAUUUUCUCACCUGAUUGACUUGGAUUAUAUUGGAGAUCUCAUGAAUUACCUUAAAAAGCUUGCAUGUUCUGAUGGAAAAUCGGACAGUUCAGGAAAAUGCAUGACCAUCUCGGAAAGACUUCGUUGUUGCAUCAUUGCUUUUAAAGUAAUGAGGAACAAUCUCGAUGCUUUGAACGUUGAUUUGCAAGAUUUUUUUGUUCAGCUAUACAACCUCAUACUUGAAUACAGGCCUGGAAGGUUAGCACUUCUAUGUUGGGUGCUCAGUACCUUGCUGUCAAGUUUGUUUUUUGAGGUCAUGUGCUCAUGCACUUUCAGUUACCUGAUUUUAUUAUAAACCAUAUCUCUAAAUGCAGAUGACUUUGUUCGGAGAUGAAAUAGUGAUCUAUUUCUCAUGACCACAACACUUUUAACUGUAAUUAAUAUCUGAUGUCUGAAGCAGAGAUCAUAUCCUUGCUGUCAACCUGGUUUUAUGGACUCAUCUGCUCAUGCACUUUCAUUCACAUGAUUUUCUUUAUAACCGCAGUCCUAGAUGUUUGGCAAUGACAGAGAAAGUCAUGCAAGCACUGGUGACUUUGUUAUAAUGAACAAACCAGAUUGGCAAUAGUGUCUUCCUCCCUUUGUAUGGUUACUCAUUGAUAUCUGAUGUCUCAAGCAGAGAUUGGGGUGAGGGCGGGUUUGGGUCGACCAGGUGUGAUGCCCAUAUGCUAGGCUUCGGUUGCAACUUUGUUCUCUGUAAGUUUGUUUUCAUUGGGGAGAUGUUGUGCCUGGGAUGCACGCCGGUCUGGUAGGAGCAUUUUCUUGGUGAGAAAUUUUGUCAAACAAUUGGUGGGUAAAUAUUUGCUAAUUGCUAUGUGUUCAGGCACGCUUUUGAAGUAUUUCCUUGUGCUCAGCCUGUCUCUUUAUACUUAUGAUGGGAAUAUGGCGAAAGCAGUUCAAGGCCAUAGGCGGUUCGAGAAUUUCAAGAAGACAAUUAAUCCAGACAAGAUGAAUUUUGUUAAACUGGUUGAUGAACUAGAUGAGGGGAAGAUUUCUUGGAAGAAAUUCAGUUCCAAAGUGAAGAAACUUCACAAGGAUCGAACAGGAGCUCCGUAUUUGAGGGAGUCCGGGGAAUUCCCAAAACUAGAGGAAAGUUUUUAUGCAAAUCCGCUCCCUGGGUGCAUUUGCGAAUCAACAAAGAGAAGGAAGUAAGGCUAAAAGGAGAAGUGUCUCCUUUCUCCGUGAUGCAAUUUUGGGUGCAUAAGAGAUGAAUGCAUGCUGUCAAGGUUCAAGAAAUCUUGUCAGCCGAAGAUGCCACGGCUAAAUCAGAAAGUUCCUUGGCCUAGUGCUCAGGUUGGCCGGUAUUACAUUAGCGUCACUGAGCUGCUGAAUUUAAGGCCGCUCAAGGGAUUCUGGUGGAUAAUUUAUUCAGAAGAAAAUUUACAGAAUACCAUUGAAAGAAAGAUUAUGACCCCAUGGUGGCAAAAAAAAGAAACAAAAUGUAUGAGACUUUUCUGCUUAGGGGAUUGGAGAAAUCCCAUGAAGUGAAAUUAUAGUGAAUUCGAUUGUGUGGCACAGAAGACCUUGUAAUACUUAAAAUUACACAAAAUGAAAGAUCUCCCUUCUUUA